AUGCCUCCUCGGCGUGAAGGUCAACGAGCAAUCGAAGCUCAAAUGGCUCGAAUGUUAGAGACGGCGAUGCCCGCAAUCCAAGAAGAAAUCAACAACGAGGUGGAACGCUAUCAAGCUGCUAUCCAAGCGUGGAACGAGCAACACGACCGGGUACCGCGUACUCGGAUGUAUAUCCACCGAGACCGUGAACAAGCUGGUUUGCGGCUUUUCAUGGAUUAUUUCUCUGCAGAUCCUCGAUGGAGUGAUCAGAUGUUCCGUCGCCGGUUCCGGAUGCGGAGGCAUGUGUUCCUGCGCAUUGUCAACGCAGUUGUGGCUCGUGACGCGUACUUUAUGCAAACCUUCGAUGCUGUCGGGCGGCAAAGUAUAUCGACUUUGCAGAAAUGCACAUCCGCCCUCCGCCAACUCGCUUACGGAACAACUGCAGAUAUGUUUGAUGAGUACCUCCAUGUGAGCGAGCAUACUGGACGCGCUUGCCUAGCCAAAUUCUGUCGGGCAGUGAUCGAAGCAUUCAAGGACACAUACUUGAGAAAGCCAACGUCCGACGAUGUUCGCAGAUUGGUGCGAAUGCACGAGGAGACCCACGGCUUCCCGGGGAUGCUGGGCAACAUCGACUACGGGAUCUACCCUAGAUGGCCCGUGUUCGUGAAGACCAUCACAUCUCCGACUACGGAUAGGAGGAAGUUGUUUGCCAAAAAGCAAGAGGCGGCUCGGAAAGAUGUGGAGCGCGCAUUUGGAGUUCUCCAAUCACGUUGGGCUAUAGUGAAGGGAGCGGCCCGUGGUUGA